UCGCCUACUCUGUCCUAGUGAGAUGAAUGUGGAAAUGUUUGUCCUGGUUGUAUGUCUAAUAGCGGUCACAUCGGCGGAGAUGACUGAAGCGGACGUUAAAGACAGACUAAAACGCCUCCUUCUGAAUGGUGAAUUUGAACGUUCAGAAAGCAACAGUAACUGCAAUGAAUCUAGCGGAAGUAAACAUAAUGUUAGCGGAGGUGAACAGAGUGGAAGUGGAAGUGAACCUGAUGGCAAUUAUGCGUCUAGCGGCAGCGGAAGUGGAUAUAGUGGCAGCGGUGGUGAGUCUAGUGGCAGCGGCAGUGAAUCUAGUGGCAGCGGCAGUGAAUCUAGUGGCAGUGGAAAUCCAGACUGCUUUGGCACUGGGAACAAAGAAAAGCUUAAAAAUCUAUCCGCCAUCCUUCAUUGGAUGAAUGAUGAAUAUUCCAACGAAGUACUGGAGGAAGAUUUUGCUCAACUUCAAGGCAUACAAGAGCUGAUCGCCUACCUCAUUGUUGUUGAAGAACAUCGUGAAUAUGCAGAGGCAAGUUACCUCGCACGGCGCAUGCGUGGUUCCGGUGCGUGAAUCAAAAGGACAGAAUUUUACUUUGCAUCCAAUCAUUAUGCUUCAGAAAUGAAUAAAUUUUUUUCUUCUCUAGAAAAAGCAAAUAUGAAUUUUAUAAUGUUUAAAUAAUGGUUUUAGAACAUGUACGAUAAUUUGUUAA